AUCGGCUCAUCCUGCCCCUCCAUUGCGUUGUUUUUAACUAUAAACGCCUAACAGCUGCUCGGUCCGCCACCAGCAGACGCCACGACUCGCAAUGGCGCAGAAAGGGAACAUACACACCCUCAUCGUAGGAGCCGGCACGUCAGGGCUGCUCAUUGCCCAGGGUCUAAAAAAGGUCGCAAUCUUCGAAGCGGAAACUAGCACUGCGUACCAGACGCGCCCGCGCGACUUGACGCCGGAUGCUACGACGGGCCUACCGGUCUACAACGGCAAGACUGGCGAGCUGGUUGUGGAGAUGGAGGCCGAGAAUCCGUGUCGCGUUUCGAGGAAGAAGCUGCGGAUUCUGUUUAUGGAGGGGAUCGAUGUGCGGUACGGGAAGGAGGCGGACGGCGUCGCGUUAGUAGAGGAGGGCGAUGAGGAAGGCAAGGUCAAGCUGUGCUUCAAAGACGGGACGAGUGCGGUGGGCGAUGUCGUUGUUGGGGCUGAUGGCGCGCGGAGCAGGGUUAGGGAAUGCGUCGUUGGCGAGGAAGCAGCGCGGCUGACGGAAAAUCCCUUGUGUAUCACGAGCAUCCAUCCCGACCACGGGACCGUGUUCUGGAUUUCGAUCCAAGACGUGCCGGACCCGUCCGACCCCUCGACCUGGACCUUCCAGCUCCUCAUGUCCUGGCUCAACAACCCGCUCCCGGCGUCCGCCAACAAUCACCAAGGCAGAAUGGCGUUCUUCAAGACGCGCGCGGAGGAGUGGGCCGAGCCGUGGCGGAGCGCAGGACGCUGGGUCAAACGCGACACCCGGAUCCCGCUGGACGCAGGGAGGUACUGGGAAAGGGCGCGGAAGUGGGACAACAGAGCGGGACGCAUGACGCUUUGCAGCGAUGCGGCGCAUCCUAUGACGCCCCAUCGCGGCCAGGGGCUCAACAAUGCGCUGCAGGAUUCGUCGCACUUCGUCGCUGCGAUGGUAGCGGCUGCCAGUGGCGGGAAGAGCCUGGCUGAGGCGGUCGACGCGUAUGAUGCGGAGGUGCUGGAACGAGGCACGCUGGAGAUGUGGAUUAGCCUCAAGCAGACGAUGUUCAUUCACAACUGGGAGACGUUGAUGGCGAGUCCCAUGGUGAAGAUGGGGAUGCAUCAGGCGAGGAAAGAGGAGGGAGGGGGAAGCUGCGUAGAUUACCGGGGAGGGAGGGAGGGCGGGAUAUGA